UUUUUCCUUUUAUCGUUCAGGCCGUUGAAUCUUCGAUCUGCAGAUACUGUUCCUUCCCCCGAUUUCGGCGUGCUUUCCUGAUCGGAUCGCCCCUAGGGCAGGCGAUUUCGAGCCCCUUGAAUGAUUCAAGGACUCCAUACCUAUAUCUCCCUCGAUAUCUUGCGGCGGAAAUAUUAGGGUUUGGGUUUUGAAGAAAGGGAUCAGGUUGUUUUAUUCAUUGUAUCUGAUUUUUUUAAUCGCUUAUAUUUUUUUUAUUUUCUUGUUUUUUUUUCGUUAUCUGUAUUUCUAUUUGAAAAAUUGACUGGGUAGGGUAUGUGAGAGAUUGCCAGAUAACCUAGGUUUGGUUAAUCUUGAUUGCGCUUUCUUUCUUUCUAUUUUUGGGUAGUUUUUUUUAGGAAUUCUUUGAUUCUUUUUUGUAUAUAAUAGCAGGUAUGCGUUUUUUUGAUUGGUUUCAUAGGUUUAGCUGAUAAAAAACUGAAAAAGGUUUGGGUUCGUUACAAGAAAGGCUCAGUGAAGUUUUUGGUGCUCUGUUUUAGUUUGUCAUUGAAAAUCGAGGGAUUUCUUGUUUGAAUCUUUGUAAGAAAUUCGUCUAACCCCUAAUAGAGGUUGUGAUAAAAGAAAAAAAAAGAAAAAAGAGAGAAAAAGAAAAAAAAAAAAAAAGGAAAACAGGAGGUAUAAUAUACCUCUGCAAGUGAAAAAUCCGCUAUCUUUUGGUUGAACUUUAGAUUGGAAGGAGAGGGAGUGGUUGAGGCCUGAGCGAGAGAGAGGAAGAGGUUGAAGGGGAGAGGGAGGGAGAGGUUUUGAGGUAGAGAUUUUGAAAUGGCCUUGAACUAUUCACAUCGGCCUGUGUUCCCGGCUCACACUUCUGCAAAAACUUUGUGGUCACCUUUGAGGACUGUGAACGGCUGUCUUGCUGAGGGUUCUCCUGAAGUUUAUGGUGAAUGUUAUCUAAGGCCUUGGCAUCCGAGCCAAGAAGAGAUGGGGGAGUGGGAUUUCAUUAGCCAGGAUACAGUUGGUCGCUGCUGUUCACCAGAGUCAAACUCGAGGGACAUUGCUGAUCGUUUACCUUCUGAUCCAUUUGGGAUGGAUAUACAGACUACCUUCACAGCUCUCACGGGAUGGCUUGAGGACUUGGAGGUCGAUUAUGGUGCGUAUACUAGGAGCAAUAGUCAACGAUCCGACCAAGAGAAUUAUAAUUUGUUUGCUGGGUGUUGUAUGCUAUAUAACAAUGCUCUAAAUUCCCAGCCCCAGCCCUUUUCCAGUGGUGUUCAGUCCAAUGAGGAUGUGAAUUAUAGUAUCCUGCCCCUUUCAAGCAGUCCUCAGGUUUAUGUGAAACCUGAUGAGACAUUAGAUGCUAUCAAUAAUGUCGAUACAGAGAUGGAGAAUUCAUUGGAUUCAUACAACAAUGAAUUUCCUCCAGCCUACGAAGAAAGUUGGAUGAUGGAUUUCAGCAACGAGGGCACUAGCUACAGUCCUGAGUUGCAGUUUGGAGAAAAAGUGGAGGGUGCUGCCAAAUCUGAUGAAGCACCCCAUGAUGCUUUUAAAUUUUGUCUAAUGUAUCUGGGAGUGAAAGACCUCUUGUCAAUGGAAACAGUUUGUAGUUACUUUCGGUCUGAGGUUCGUGGUGAACCAUUGUUGUGGAAGAGUAUCCACAUUGAACCGCCUCUGAAUGAAAAGAUCACGGAUGACAUUCUUUUGGAAUUGGCUUGUAGGGCUGAUGGUACCCUUCAAAGCCUGAGCUUGGUGGAGUGCCUGAAAAUCACUGAUGAUGGCAUAAAGCGUGUACUUGAAACCAAUCCAUGGUUAACAAAGCUAUUUGUUCCUGGAUGUACAAGGCUCACUGUUGAAGGGAUGUUGAAAAAUGUAUGGACCUAUAACUCUAAUAAAGAUGCCCCAGGUAUAAAGUUCCUGAGAAUCGGUGGCCUUUAUGGUGUUACGCAUGAACACUUCGAGGAGUUGAAGUCUCUUUUGGGUACUGAUGACAACACCCUCAAGAGUCAUCACAAGCCGCAUAUCUAUCAUCGAGGAAACUAUUACCUUCCAUAUGAUGAUGACCGGGCAAUAGAUAUUGAAAUGUGCCCAAGAUGUGAGAAAUUCAAGUUGGUUUAUGAUUGUCCGUCAGAGGGAUGUCAGGUGAAAGAUAAUGGAUCCCAAGUCUGCAGAGCAUGCACGCUGUGUAUAACAAGGUGCUCACAGUGUGGCACCUGCAUUAACGACAAUGAGUAUGAGGAGACUUUCUGUUUAGAUUUGGUAUGCUCAGAUUGUUUCGAGCAGCUGGUCAAGUACCAGGACGGGCUUAAUGAGAAGGCUGACCCAUGUGGAGACCACAUGAGCAUGGUUGCUUGACUGACCAUGCUUAUGAGGCUGUAUUUGUUGCUGUUGUAGUCUCCGCCUUUGGUGCAGAACCAACAUGAUCCAGGUCACCCUGUGAGCUUCCACUCUUGGUUACUCGUUUUCUUCUUGCUUUGAUAUGUCCAUUGUUAUGUUCGAAAAAGGGCUAUUCGCCCACAAAAAAAAGGGAAAAAAGGAGGAAAAAAUAUAAAAAAUAAAAAUAAAAAGAGCAAAAAAGAAGGGGAAAAAGAGGAAAAGGCAUCAUAAAAAAUACUUGUCCUUGAAGGAAGUUGGUAGUUCUAGCAAAAUGGAGAUCUGACCUUGUGAAGAUUUUAGAUAUUAGUUGACAUGUCAACUAAAGGCGGGAGCUUGCCUCGCCUCUAUUCAGCUGAUCGUGCUUUGCUUUGGAAAGGUGGAUGUGUGUCCUGCUUUCUGGUCAUGCUUAUGCUACCAGCUCUUGGUAGAUUGGAGAUAUAUACUUGGCGGGGUCUGUGCUCUUGCAGGGAUCGUCACAUAGGUUAUGGCGACAUCGACGACGUCAUUUCUAUUUCUUCUUGUUAUCAACAGCCUCUCUUGUGGAACUGAGUGUUUCUUGAUUUCUAUUUGUUAUUUUGUUGUGCUGCUAUUUGCCUCAUGAAUGGUGGAUAAUUUUUAUCAAUAAAAGUUUGCCAUGAUGUUUCAUGGCACACUUAACUAA